UCGAAUUUCUUAAAGUAGUUUCGUUGUCUGGUUGACGUUGGAUCUCAUUGAGUAACUUCCAAGAAUGCCUAAAUCCACCCGGUCAUCAACUCCAGCAACUCCAGCUGCGAACAGGAUGGAUGCCGGCAUUGGCAGGAGGCAGCGCGGGAGACCCCGUACACGGGCCACGCAGUCUGGGGUGAGGGCACGUCGUGUUCGGAUUGACGAUGUGCCGACGCCGGUGGUCAGAAGUCAGCACCCGGCGUUAGGACAACCGGAGCUGCCGAUCGAACCUGCACCAGGACCGAGUGGAUCUGAGAGCCAACAAGCAAGGCGGGAUACAGUUUGGAUCGUGGGUGAUUCUAUUAUUCGCAGAGCUCAGACGAACAUGGAUUGCGAGGCACAAAUACACUGGAUGGGAAAAGGUGGGGCAGGGAUAGGCAAUUUUCUCCCACUGUUAAGCCGCCUUGAUGCUAUGGCUCAUGGCGUGGCUCCUACGGUCGUAAUAAUACACCUAGGUACUAAUGACCUUGUUUCCAUUGAUACUUUUUGUAUGCGCCAGCGUAUUAGGUUACUCAUGGAAGAGUUCAGGACUGGUUAUCCAUCUGUCUGCCUGGUUUGGUCCGAUAUUCUACCAAGGCUCUUUUAUUACGGCGCACAGUCCAAUGCCAGUAUCAAUAAAAAACGACUCACAUUGAAUAAAUGGGCCAGGGCUAUGGCUUACAGACUGAAUGCGUACAUUUUACAUCAUCCUCAGUUUGAGUCAUGUCCUUCUCAGCUUUUCCACUUUGAUGGAGUUCAUUUGUCCCCGGAAGGUACUCGGUUAUUUAAGGACAACCUGCAGUCUUGCAUAAAUGGUCUUUUGCGUAGUUUUUAUUAUUAAAGAUGACUACAAUUUCAUUUCCCUGGACUGCUCGCUUUGGGGUGGCUGUCCUUCGUCCCUUGGGCCGCGCCCUAGUGCGCGGGUGGCGCCGACUGUGGUCGU